AUGGACAGAGAGAGACUGGGGAUGAUGCAGGGUAUCUGUGAUAGAAGUGAAUCUGUGAAGAGCAGAAGCUCCAGAGCAGAUGCAGCGUGUUUGGUGCUGCUGUGUGUUCUCCUGCUGACUGCAGUUAUAUUCAGUGCAGAUGGUUCUGGGAUCCUCGAGAACUCAAUGGAUAUAGAGGAGAGAACUGUGCAUGGCUCUGAGGGACAGAGGGGAAAAUGGUACAAGAGCUGUGACUUCGGUGAUACCCUUUCAAAAGAUGGAUGGGUGUGCUAUCAAUCCAGUCUCUACUAUGUUUCCUCAGAGAAGAAGAACUGGACUGAGAGCAAAAGAGACUGUACAGAGAGAGGAGCAGAUUUGAUAAUCCUAAACAACAAACAAGAACAAGACUUUUUGAAAACAUUUCCUGGUCGUUCUGAAGUCUGGAUUGGUGUGACUGACAGUGUUGAAGAGGGCAGAUGGAAAUGGGUUGAUGGCAGCACACUGAGCCCUGGGUUCUGGACAUCUGGAGAACCUAGUGAUAGCUCUGGUAAUGAGGAUUGUGUUGUAAAUCUGUCAUCAGGGGUUGCUGAUUAUUCAUGUGAUAAAACUUUUAAAUGGAUCUGUAAGAAGAACAUUUUGAAGCAGUAA